UUCUUUGUGUUAAAAUAUUAUUGCAAUUUUCUGUUCGAACAAAAAAUUUGGGCGGCCUUCUACAGAACGUCUGAAAAAAUAGCACGGUUGCUUUUAGUUUCUUGUAAUGAAACUAUCGCUAUGAAGCAUCGACUGCACGCACCGAUUGGCUACAACAUAACCAAUCAAAUGGGUCAAACCUCAUUUCAUGCAUAUUUUAAUUGCCACAGUUAUGCAUUACGCAGAGAACAGUCAACAAAUUUAAGAUCUUAAAAAACGUUCUGUGCUCAUAAUUUUUGUUUAAUCUUUGUAAAAACAUAAUGGUCGCAAAUUUUACAAAUUUCAAUCAUGAUUUGCCUAAAUCAAUCAAAAACUUUAAAAAAAAAUAAAAUGCUUCCUUUUUAUAUAUCAGCGGUUUUCAAUGAGCACGAAUUGCAUAGAAAUGGAGUAUAGGUAAUCAAACAUACAUAGCUCUGUUUGCAAACAAACAUUAUUUGUGAAUUAGCUUUUGAACAAUGAAUUCCAGCUAAAAGAGACCAAGAUGUGUUGUUACAGAAAGAUCGUUUAUGAUCACAAUAUGAUUGUUUAUAUAGAUCCUCCAGGUUAGUACACAGGUUAUUGCGAUCAGAUGGCAACAGCGCAUUUCAGCCUAAACGGUCUGAUGUUAUUUUAACUUUACAAAUAUAAAUCACAGUGCGAAUCAAAAUGUGAAAUAAAUAAUUAAAUAGGCACCGCUAAAGCAUAAAAAGGCACGGCAUUAAGCAGCUGCUUGGCUGCAAAAUGGCAGCGUUAUGGAGAGAAUUCUCAGAAGCAACCACUGUGCAUGGACUAAGAUUUGUCAACUUUGGACAGUCUUUGAAAAGAAGACUUUUUUGGGGAGCACUGGUUCUCGUAGGGACCGCACUUUUUGCCUCCCAGUUCAUAGAGACAGUAGGUAAUUACUUCAAGUUUAAAGUGAAUACUGUUGUAUACCUGUCAAAUGAUGGAAAUACUAAAUUUCCCGCCAUCACGAUUUGCAACCAGAAUGCCUUACGUAAAAGCAAACUGGAAGCAAAUAAACACGAUGCCAUUGUUCAAUCGCUUCUGUACAUGACAAGAAAGUUUAUAGAUAACAGUACCUCAAACAAGAGCACUCCAGAUGGCCACAUCACUGGCCAACAACUACGGGACUUGUACUUCAAGUAUGGUCACAGUAUGGAGCACAUCGAUGAAGGUGGGAUGCUGGAGUUUUGCCGGACGCCGGACGGCAGUCUAUGUUCCGCCAAGGACUUUGUGCGAACGUUAACAUUUGCUGGACUAUGCUACACCCUUAACUCGAUGCGAACUGCGCAAAUGAAGACUGCAUAUUCGAGUCUUUCUGGCAACCUGGCGUCCAUAAGACUUAUCCUUUCAACUCAGGUUGAUGAGUAUUCAGAGGCAAUUGGAAAAUCAUCGUCAACAGGUAUAAGAUUAUUGGUUCACGAUCAGCUGGAUCCGCCUCUUGCAGAUACACAUGGCAUGACAAUUGGGCCGGGCGUGGCUGCAUCUAUUGGUAUACGUAAGCAAAAGAUCAAAAGUAAAAAGUAUCCUUUCGAAUCCGAAUGCGAUGACAAGAAACUAGGCCCCGGAGUUCCAUAUUCAAGGCUGGGGUGCCUGAGAAGAUGUCAAGAAAAGUUUGUUGUCAAGAAAUGUGGAUGCAAUAAUAUCGUCGAUACAAUUUUAAAUCAAACUGGAAUUAAAAGAUGUGACAUGGAUCAAACAUUCAUGUGUGCUUUACCAGCUGCAACAGAAACAUUUAAUAACCAGAAGAUCAAGUGUUCUUGCCCAUUUGCCUGUGAAUCUACCGAGUAUAUACCGACCCUUUCAUAUUCACCAUACCCCUCAGACAUCGAGGGUAGAAAAUUGGCAAUAAAGCAUUUAACAAAAAUGAAGAAAAAUACCACAGAAGAGGCAAUACAAGAAUUUAUCAAAGAGGAGAGGAACAAAAUAAUUAUUGACAUCUUUUAUCAUCAACUGGAUUACUUGACUAUGAUGCAUGUUCCAGCAACAACCGGAGGUGGCCUUAUUGCUGAAAUUGGAGGUUUGCUUGGCAUUUCACUCGGUGCAAGCUUCUUGACUAUCAUCGAAUUACUUGAUUUUCUGUUUUUCUACCUUUUUCAAAAAAUCUCCAAAGAGAAGAAAAGUCAAACUUCUGUCUCAAGCAAAGAAACAACUAGCUCACCAAUGGCUGCUAUUUAGCAUAAUUAUUUUAAUUUCAACUAACUAACCAGCUUAAUUUAUCUACAUAUGUAAUGUUUUUAAAUUUAUUCCUGAAUAAUUAUAUAUGUCUGGAUAUCAUUUGAAACUAUUAUACAAUGAAUAUGGAUAAAUGUAUUAAACUGACACCAUUAUUUUAUCAUGCAGUUCAGAUCUUAAUAGUAUAGUGUAAUCAGCUUUUGCAAACAUAUAGCAAUUACGUACAAUUCAUUAAGUACCCUGGAUAGAUAACGUACCAAAUAGUUAUUUUCGCUGUUAAUUUCAUAUUAUCGACGCGAUUUUAAAAGGGUCUGGUUUAGUUUUUAUUCAUCGUAUCAAAUUACAUAAAUGUAGAGAGUUUCGGAUUUGUUUCGCCAUUUGUGUCCUAUUUAUGGUUGAUACACUUUUAAGGGUCUGGGCUCCAGUACCCUCUUUCUAGAAAUAGCAUUCGGGGGCAGAAUAAACUGGAUCUUUAUUUGUGCCAUAGUUACAGUGAUACCCUUUGAAGGGGCUAAGCUCUCUUUCCCCGAUUAAAAAAAUAGCAUCCUGGGACAAAUUCUCAAAUGUCAUUCACAGUGCCUAAUGACGCAACUGUAACAACUUUCAGAUUUGUCUCACCAUUUGUGUCAAAGUUAUGGUCGAUGCACCAUUGAGGAAAUGAGCUUCAGUCCAAAAUAGCAUGCAAGGGCAAAAUAGAUAUGGGGUUUGAUUCUUAUCUUUUUAAGCUUUGGCCUUUUGGCUCUCGACAUUAUAAUCGGCAAUGUUCGAUAUUUUGUCUAUUCAAGUGUCGAUGUCACUUUUGUUUGGGGCUAUCUGUUCUAUGCCUUUUAUUUUAAGUAUGAAAUCUUCAUAGUACUUACGCUAGUUUUUUUGGAGAAUCACAAUCACAAAAACAGAAUUUUUUUUAAAAAUUAAAUCAAAAGCAAAGCGGACUUGCGAGGCGAUAUCCGAAAAUCGAGAGCAUUUGACCAGUCCUCUUUUAAAGAGCUUUACAUCGCGCGAAUUUUGUCGAGCAUUGUCGAGUGAGAAGGUGAGAGGAAUUCACGUUCUCUAGAGAGGAAUCCAAGUUUUUAAGAUAGAUCAUUAGCAAUAGAAGAAAUGUAUGAUUUCAAAUUAAGGUGGGUGAUUCACUGUGACACAGAAAGGCCUAGUUGUGAAAUAGUAGAAAUGUCAAAAUUCAUUGAAACAGGUGAAGAGUCUUUACAAGAGGGGUGACUUUACAAGCAAUGACAGCCUGCAUGGUUUCAGUUUGAUCAAACUUAAUGAGAUUGUUUUUUACCCCAAAUCUCAAUUAUUGCCUGGUCAUAAGUAAGAAGUGAGGCUGAAAUAUUCCCUUGAAGGAGGAUGUUGAAAACAGAAUUGUGCUGAGAAUUGGAGGAGAAAGAAGAGCUCAGAUAAGUCUCAUUAGCAAAAAAAUUAAACUUAUGGCAGUGGAAGUUAGUUGAUCAUAAAAAGUAUAAAUGAAACAGGAGAUAUGACAAAGCCAUGUGGAACACCAGAGCAUUAACUGAGUAGGGAUUGAAGUAGUAGCCAUAAAUUCUAUCAAAGACAAAGCUGCUGGUCUAAUAAACUGUAUUCAAUCUAUGAGUCUUUAAAUAUUGCAGACAGAAUCAGCUUAUGUACAGAAUCCAGUAUUGUCAAAUACAUUUCAGUUGUACUCUGUUAAGUUCCUUUAGACCCUAGCAAAAGGCAUCCUACUUAAAGGCAUGUUGUUGAAUGCAUCCAAAAUGGCAUAAAAAAUAAAACUGGAUAAAUCUAAACAUCCAAUGCCUCAACACUGUCCAGAACCAUAGAUGUAAGAAGCAUUUUAGAGAUUGGGGUGG